CGAACCCUGAAAGAGUGGAAGAGGACCCAUUUCCCGAAAUCAAGCAGAAGUGCGAGCAUUCUUCUUCUUCUCUAGAAGAACGCCUUCGCCAUCGAUCGUUCUUCCCCGAAUCGGGAGGUUGCUUUGAGUUUUCUCCAGGCGUCGAAUCUUCUCGAGGAGAUCGAAUGUCAGGUGCCUCCGCUGGAAUCAUGAUGUGCUCUCUUCCGGAAACUUCAAGUGAUGGUGGUGGUCGCAGCCCAUCAGAGGAGUUUCAAACAGCGCAGGAAACCCUCUUUUUGAGCUCGCAAGAACUGACAGUGAAUCUCUCUGGUAGAGUAGUUAAUGAUCAUUACAAAGAGCUUAAAGCGAGUGUUGAUGUCUCUACUGAAUUCGUUAAAACCGUUGAUUUGGGCAAAGAUAGUGAUCCUGGUUUUUCACAGAAAACCUUUAGGGGAAUUUUGGAUUUACAGUCGAUGAGGGUAGAUGAUGCUGCAGAACAAUCUGGUGACUCUACUUUGGGGAAAAAUGUAGGGCUUUUGAAACCAAAAUUUGGGGAGAUUAUUAGUCUGAAAUGUGGAGAAGUCACUGGAGAAAUUACAGUUGGAAACUCAAAGGAAGAAUCACCUGCAAAAAAUAGAAAGGAGUCUAAGGAUUACCAGAUUGGUGCAAUGAAUACAGCUCAUGGGAUUUUAACUUCACCAUUGAAAGCAAUGGAUAAAGACCCAGAGAUGGACAUACCUAAAGAAACAGAAGUACGCAGUAAUGAAGAGAGAGGUUCAAGUAAGAAGACCUCCAAGGGCCAGUCAAUUCUUGAAACUUCAUUGGAAGAGUUUCAAACAGCACAGGAAACCCUCCAGAUUAACUCGCAGGAACAAACGAUGAAUUCUCCCGGUAGAGUAGUUGAAGAUCAUCACUGUGAUGUUUCUACUGAGCACAUUGAAACCAUUGAUUUAGGAAAAGAUAGUGGUGAUCCUGGAUUUUGGGGAGCUUGUGUAGACAAUGUUGCAAAAACAAUUGACAACUCUGCUUUGGGAAAAACCAUAGGGCUUUUUAAGCAAAAAAUUGAGGAGUCUGUUAGUCUGCAAUGUAGAGGACCCGCUGGAGAAAUUGUUGUUGGCAACUUGAAGGAAGAAUCAUUGCAGAAAAGAGAAAGUGGUCUGGGGACUACCAAUUUGGUGCAGUGAAUGCAGCUCCUGGGUUUUCAACUUCACCAUUGAAAGCAAUGGACAAAGACCCAGAGAUUGGCAUAGCUAGAGACAAGGAAAUAUGUAGUAGUGCAGAGAGAGGUUCAAGUAAGAAAACCUCCAAGGGCCAGUCAACUUGUAAAAAUCCAUCCGAGGAUGCAAAGGGAUGGUGUGAACUGCCUGCAACAAUUCAAGGCCUAAUGCAGAGUGAAGCUAAGCAUUUGGUUUCGGACGACUCUUCCUCUGAAAAUCAGUCCUUGGAGUCUCUUAUGGAUGCCAUUUUCGGGCUUUCUGGGGAAAGCAAUGCAACUACUGAUCUUAGAAAUGAUGACAUUUUGAAAACAGCCAAACAAAGAGGUAUAGAAUUCCCUCGGCCUCGAUGGUGGCC